GUCGAAGAACUUGAAAGACCCAAGGUCAACGUCGUCGCCCAAAUCGAAAAAUAAAGAAAGCAAGCUUCGUAGAGAGUGAGUGCUAGAGACGCUUGUAAAGCUCGUGGUACUCUCAGCCAUUCUUGGCUCUGGGUCAUCGUGCAUCUGCUAUCGAGCCAGACACGGCACAAAUUCACAGAGAUUCCUUGACCAUCGAUCUCGAACUUUGCAAUGGAAGACCAGACCGUAGCAAAAGCUUCAGAACCAGUCGCGGCCAAUGACAAAGCGACGACCGCUCGAUUAUCGGUACAACUAAAGCGACUAAACGAAGCCAAUGGCAAAUACAAAAGUCUGCUGAAACUGGCGAAAGAGCGUAUUCAGCAGCAGGAAGAGGAGAUAGAGACCUUGCGACAUGAAACAGCGGAACUUCAAUCGCAACUGCAGCAAAUAAAUGAAGAACGCUCUUCUGAAGUCGCUGCUUUAGACACCAACAGCGAGAGGGGAGGAACUUCAGUCGACGGCAAUACCACGAUUGACAUUUUUCGUGUUUUACAGCGUGUCAAGGUUCCCAUUGCGGCUACUGGGCAGGACGAAUUUUGGGCAUUGAUCGAGCUGGAGAGUUAUUCCGAUACGGACAACACAUCUAAACGAUUCAAGGAAUGGAAGCGAUUUGAUACUGAAGCGGAGUUGUCGGACUAUAUCCGUCGCGAUUCUGGUGAGCCCUUGACACUACCUCCAUACUCGUUGUCGCCCGAGCAAUCGGCAAGACUACAAAGCCAAACUCAAUCUCAAAUUUCAUCCGCCACGGAAGAGUUCCGUCGUUUUCGAGUGCGCUCUGAGUUGGCUCGAAAGCAAUUGGAUGCGCAAAUUCGCGAUUUGCAAAAUAAUCAUGUACAGUCGGCUACACGGCGGAUUGAAGGUAACACCGUAUCCCAAUCUAACGGAAUAUUGGACACAAUGUCUACACAUCACCAAAACGAUCGAUCCUCGGUAGAGCGCCUUAAGGCCGAGCUGGCUGCCCAAGAAGCGCACUGGAAAGAUGCCUACGAAGCUCUAGCCUCAGAAAAUGAAGCUUUGAAGUCUGUCGGCUCGGAAGCGCUCUUGGCAGCUCAAUGGCGGCAACGCUAUGAACACGUUCUGAAAGAAAAAGAAGAUCUGCAGUCAAAGCUACAAACGGAAGCGGUCAGAGUAGACGAAGAAAGUGGAGACAAGUACGAACGCAAAUAUCGGGACUUGAAAGAGUCUUUCCGUCUCUACCGGAAAAAGGCGAAGGAAAUUUUUGAAUCGCAGCAACGCGGAGCUGGCACCAGCACAUCGAUUCUUCCUAGCUUUGCGCCUGACUCGUCCUCGGCCGACGCCAAAUUGUCUUAUUUACGCAACUUGAUGGUCAAUUAUCUGACGUCAGAUCCACAAGUGAAGGAUCAUAUGGAGGGCGCCAUUGGAACAGUCCUCCAGUUUACGCCUGAAGAGAUCUCCAAGAUUGUCAAGAAAAAGGCAGAUCUGGAAGCUUGGUUCUAG